UUUUGAAAUUCAAUUUCGUAUUUGGUCACGACUGGACCGUUGUAGCCACCAACGACGGUAGAAACCAACACUUUUCGUCGGCCGUGUUCUAAUUGUGAAAUACCACUAUGUUUAUUAAAAAUUGCAAUCGUUUAUCCGAUCACUGAACCGCAUAACUCGUACCGUGCGAGUGGAUUGUGCCCAAUAGAAAAAUUUACUGACCAAGGACCGUCAACUUUACAAGCUCGUACACCAUUAUCGGUCGUAUUCUGCGGUACGUAAAACGUUUAUGUAAUUUCAGUCUGUUCGUCACAAACGAUUUGUUUCAUUGUUUUUCGCAAUGUUAGUGUGCAGGACAUUUUUUAGGUACACGGUUAAAUAGUCAUGAAUAGCGAAUACUAUGUAUUUCACAAAGUUCAAAUGUAAGCGAAUGUUGUCCGCAUUGUAAGAAUGGCAAUUAUUGUUCUGUUAAUUCUUAGAUUUAUUAAUAAUAUAACAUUUUAUAGAUUAUAAUCAUUAUGGUUAAUACAAUAAUUGGUGCGUACGUAUGUUAAUAUGUAAUAUUUAACAUUAACUUAUGUCGAACAUGUUAGUUCUUCGGUUCAGUCAUGUGUGUUUUUCAUUUUUAAUUUUAAAAAAAACCUAUAGUGUUGUUUUUCUUAUCAGAAUCAAAGAUAAAUAAUAGUUUUAAGUUUUGUCCAUUCUCUGUAUUAUCUCUAUGGAUAACCAACUAUAUAAUUCAAAUUUUACAAAUAACACGAAAAAUGAAUAAAAACCUAUAAUAUAUGUAUGUACCUAGGUAGAUACCUAGGUGUUACCAGAAAUUUCAAUUUUUAAUAUUAUAAAAUAUACUACGAUUAUUUAUAAUCUUUUGUAAACUAUUGUAACAAAUAAAAUAUUUAAUAAUUUAGGUUACACAAUCUAAAUUCAAUCUAGAUACAUACCUACCUUUUUACUUAUAUAUAAGUGCUAAUGAUUCAUUUUAGAUUUACUCUUUUUCUAUGUUAUUUACCGAACAUUCAUAAAAUUAAUAAAUUUAUACCUAAGUUUAACAUAAUAUAUUAUUUACUUUUAUAUAAAUAUAUAUUCAUUAUAUAAAUAUUUUUAAUAUAUAUAUAUGUAUAUUUUUAGGACCAAACAUGGCAGCUACUGAUCUAGAACAACUACUAUUACAAGGGCAAAAGCUUUGUCAGGAUAUUGAUAAUGUUAAGCCAGUGUCUAAAAUACAUAAAUCAUUGCGUCAACUUUGCCAAAAUGCAGAUCAUGCUCCAAAACAUGCAUCCAGUGGAAAUGAUGAACAACUUGCAAAAGAAUUCCUUGCAAAUCGUGGUUUGGAUCUUGCUAACUAUACGAGCGUGUUAAAAAAAUUAUUUCCAUUUCGAGAUAAUGUUGUUAUGCCUUGUGAAUCUAAACCCGUAAUGGACUAUUCCAGUAGUGUGGAAUCCCUAAUGGGUAGACACAUUGAAGAAUAUAUCAGUAAUUUAGAAGCAUAUGAACCAAAUAAAGAAGUUGAUAAUUAUUUACAAGACGUUUCAGUGAAUUGGAAGAAUAUUAAAAAAGAUGUUGUUUUCAAUGAAUUCGCAUCAGAUUCAUAUGAUAUAUCGUUUUGUUUCCAGAACUUACCAACUGUCAAAAAUACAUAUUUUACGUACAAACCAAGUAUUAAUUGUCCUAAUGAUUUACCUGAUAAUUUUGUUUUUGUUUCUGAUGUCCAAAAUUAUAUCAAAGCAAAAGAAAGUAAUAAAUGUGAAAAAGAAUUAAUUGAAUAUUUUUUAGAAACCAUACACAGUGGUAAUACUAACUCAGCUGUCACACACAUAUGGAAUGUAGUCAAAUACAUGUACAAUAUAACUCCUCAAAAACAGCCACCUAAUGGGUCCUACAAUGAGCGUUUUUUGGAAGAAAAUCAAAUAAAACUAGUUAAAAAUGCCAAAAAAUAUCUAGAAGAUAAAUAUCAAUCUUUUCUCAUAAAAGAGACCAAGCAUUUGAAUAUUAGUGAUGAAGAUAAUUACAUGGCUGCUGUUAUAAGUUCUUAUGUGUUUAUGAACACCGGCAGACCAGGUACUCGGCAAAAUGAUUUUUACGUAGAUGAACAGUCUAUCUGGCCACUGCUUUACUUCAGUUUUAGGUGCGGAAGAAUGGAUGUCGCUGAUUAUUUUAUUAAAAAAUCUUGUUUAGCAUUGGAUGAUUUAUUAAAUGUUUUUGUUCACCUAAAAGAAGCUAAUUUUACAGAACGCUCUGCCUCAAAUGUUGGUGUUACGUUGAACAAAUAUUACAGAACACUUCCAUCAUAUGAUAAUGCGUAUAGGAAGACUAUAUUCUCGCUGUUGGGUAUGGUGGAAGCCAACAUUGAAAAAAAACUCGUGGCCAAUACCAUUGAAGAUAAACUGUGGAUGUUGUUAGUUGAACAUUUUGCAAGCAAGUACAUGGAAGAUUCAAACGGACCGGAUUACAAUUCAUUACAAAGAUAUAUUUUGGACAAUGGUAAACUCUAUAAGGAACAACCAUACAUAUAUUUUGAACUUUUAUUUUUGAUUGGACAGUUUGAAAGUGCUAUUGACUUUCUGUAUCGCAAUGUUACAUAUUCUUAUCAUGCUGUUCAUAUAGCUAUUGCUUUAAAUGAAAAACAUUUACUAGCUACUCCCGAAUAUUUACAAGCCCCAUUUUUGUCUAAUGAAAAUGUUGAUAUUAAGUUUGUGCGAUUGAAUUAUACAAGAUUGAUUUUGUUAUACUGCAGUGAAUUUGAAUCCAAUUAUCCUCAUUAUGCAACAUAUUAUUAUUAUUUUUUAAAAAAUAUUAAAAAUCCAACGUUGACUGAAAACUUAUUUUACAAGUGUGUUGCAGAUUUGGCAACGUCUUUUGACGGGAACAUGUGUGAUUGGAUGUUUGGAUGUUUAAACGACAAUACAAAAGAUAAUAAUAUUUUACAAAAUACUUUUGGACUAGACACUGUUGCAGCUAUUAUUGAUAAGACAUUAGAACUGUCAAUCGAAAAAAAUAAACUAGAAGUUGCAUAUAAACUUUAUUACCUGACAUCUAACAAAGCAGCAUAUGGUGUUUUAAAUAAUGUUCUAAGUAAUACUAUCUAUAACUUUGAUGUCCUUGGCCAUAGCAAAAAUGGCGAAAAAUGUAAUGCCAGUCUUAAAAACUUUUAUGACCGCCUUUAUUUGUAUUCAGAAGAGUUGAAUAAAAAGGAAAACAGUUUUCUUGAAACAGCUGGUCCUAUAUCAACUUUUCGUGUUUUACGCAGUAUGUAUUUGUUUUUUUAUUAUUCUUCUAAACUUGAAUUUCUUUCAGCUAUCGAGCAAGCUAGCAACACUAAUCUAGUGCCGCUGGCUGGUGAAGACCCAAAACAUUGUUUAAACAAUUGCACCAAGUAUGAUGAAAUUGUUAAAAGAAACAUACAUCAUUUCAUUAAGUCCUUAGUAAGUGUGUUAUGUGUUGAGCAUUCUAAAAUUCUAAAACGGCAAAAUGUUUCUAUGGAAGAUGAUAUGUUAAUUGAAGAAGAAAACAGUGAUGUAUUUGACCAGAGUAGAGAUACUGGAUGGACAAAACGGCGAAUCCAGAAUACUAUUAGAGUUAUAUAUUUAUACGCUGCUCAGCUGCCAGUAAAUAUUGCUCUUGAUGCGGUAGAAUAUAUUUCGACAAAUGCAUUUAGAAUGCAACUCGAAUGAAGCCUGAAAUGUAGAUGUCUAUACAAAUUUAUCCAUGUGAAAAUAAAAUUAUUUAUUUGUUUAUGUUUUAUUUUUAAAAGAACUGAACUAUUUUUUACUUUCUAUUUUAAUAUAUGUUAAUAAUUAUGAAAUAUUUCAACUUGUAAGUAUAUAAUAUAAAUCACUGUAUACUGAAUAAUA